UCUUAGAGGCUCUUGGUACAUCCCGGGUAUGAGCCAGGUUGAUCAACCUGAUAAGCCAGAAGCCACCAAGAACAAAGAGGCCAAAGAACAGAAAAGCAAGAGGAAAGUGAAAUCAGGCUAUACUAACACUAUGGACAUCAUGAAUGUGGACAUUGUAGCAAAACAGGCUUCAAAACAUAGGACAGAACCAGUACAGACUUCUAGGAUGGAUGAUGCAUUACGGAGUGCAAAUGAAGAUGAGGCCCUAGACAGAUCAACAAGCAAUACUCAGAACAACCAACCCGAUGAGUCGGAACCUAACAGGAGAGAGGAGGAGAAGGAUGAGGCAAAGGCACAGAAAACCAGCAAGAGGAAAUCAAUGGCAGGUGAUGAUGAUGAUGUUCCUGAUGGCAAGCCAAGCAAGGUGGCCAGGGCUGAUGUUGAACCUGUUCCAGAAGUACCAGAGAGGAGAGGAAGAAGGUCUAAAGCAGUCAGCUAUAAGGAACCAAGCAUCAAUAGCAAGCUUCGUCAAGGGGAUCCUAACACAUUCACUGUCUAUAAGGGGCUGCCUGGAAAGACCUCCAAAAAGGAUAAAUCCAGAGCCCCUCUGGGCAACAUCACAAACUAAAGGAAGUCCUGGCCUGGAGUCCCCCGACAGGCCACCCUCCCCCCCCCCCUCCCCCUCCUCCCUGGCCUGGAUUUGGAGUCACCCUGCACCUUUCAGGAGUUAUGUACAUGAGGAUGUAUCACCAUACAUACAGGAGUUACAUGGAGAAUGCGCAGGCAGAUUAGCAAGCUCUCUUGGUCUCCCCUCCAUAUGACAGUGCACCACUGCAGAAAUUGAAGCUAGUAUUGAAUUCAUAGAGUCAAGACAGACGUGUCAGAGGUUAUUCUGGAUAGAUAAGUGGGUCUUUGAAGUUUCAAGUUUGUUUGAUGGUCAUGCCUAUAAUUGAAAGUCAGCUAGGGGGGUGUUUCAAAAAGAUCCUAAGUUGGACCUAACAAUUAUAUGAAAGCCGUUAGCAUCUUUGAAAUUAUUUUGUAAAAGUUAUU